UGGUAACUGGAAACUGACUCCUUUGGAAAUUGCCAUAGAACCUUUAAUGGACAUCACCGGCUCGAACUGGGAUCUGAUGAAUCCCACAAAAGUCAGCACCUGCUACAGAACAGAUGCCCUGAUCACCAAGGACUUGAUUUCUGGAUAUGCCGCAGAAGGAUCCAUGCCAGAAGCAAGCCUGUGAAAUACAGAAAUGUUUACAAGCCAACAACUACAAAGAAUCAAAGUGUCAGGCUGUCAUCCGAGAGCUGCGUAAGUGUUGUGCUCAGUAUUCCAAAGGAAGAUCUGUCGUCUGUUCAGGAUUUGAAAAAGAAGAAGAAAAAACAUGACACUGAAGUUGGAGUUGGCAUCAAAGUAAAGUUCUGCUGAGACAUUAAAUGCUACUCCAUGUCCCCACCAAGAGUUUUCCUUACCCUCCCAGCUUUCUUCAGGCCAGGUAGCAGCAAGUAGCAAACGACAGUCACACAACUAUAGACGCUAAUGAAUAUGCCAUCUAUGCAGAACAGAGAGAAAUAUAAACAUAUUAAAUGACAAAUAUGUAGAAUGUAAUAAAACUGAGCUGCUAAAAUAAACUUGUUUAAAUGAA